AUGAACUCUUCGCCCUAUCGCCACCCUUCUCCAGUAUCAUGGGGUCCAUCUUCGUCAUCGAUCCAUCGCACUUCAAAUUCAAGAGAGGACGUAUCAAUUCAUACACAACGAGAGAUGAGGCAGAUGAAGAGAGAACCCACUCACCAGAUUCACUCAGUCCCACCACUCAAAGAACAGGAAGAUACCAUGCCAGCAACAAGCGAUUUCGUUAAAAAGCUAUACAAAAUGUUAGAAGACCAUACCUUCUCCCAUGUCGUUUCAUGGGGUCCACAAGGUGACUGCUUCGUCGUGAAGGACAUGAACGAAUUUACAAAGUCUAUCCUCCCACGCAUGUUCAAGCAUUCAAAUUUUGCUUCCUUCGUCAGACAACUCAACAAAUAUGAUUUUCAUAAAGUAAAAACAUCCGACGACGCCCAAUUUGGCGAACACAGCUGGACAUUCCGACACCCCGAUUUCCAUGCCGACAGACGUGAUGCCCUUGAAAACAUAAAACGCAAAGUUCCUGCUGCACGUAAAUCUCUCCCUUCAUCCUCUAACGGCGGUCUCAGCGGCGGCAGAGGAGCAAGCUCCGGUAGCCCUAAUGAUAAUCUAUUCGCUACGAAUGAGAGUUUGAGGAAUCAAAUCGGGAGGGCUGAAGAGCGAAUCAGGGUGUUGGAGCGUCAGUACGGGGACGUGCUUGUUGAGAUGGUCAAUUUUCAGAAGGGGAUGGCGCAACAGGAUAGUUUGAUGCAGGGAUUGAUACAGUAUUUUUUAGGGGAGGGAGGUAAGCCCAAAGACCCGUCAGAUGCUACCUCCCAAACCGCCGCCGGGUCUUCUACCACCGCUUCAGCACCCCUUGCUCCAGCAUCGGUGUCUCAGUCGACCGUAUCUCAACCACCACCUCAAACUCCCAUCCACAGCGAACAAUUCGUUCCCGCUCAAGAACUCGGCCUUCAAGAUCCAGAUAUGGUCGCGCGGCUGAGUCUGGUGCAGAUGAACGAAAUGUCGAGGCGGGCUGCGAGCGACGCAGAGUUUACGACCCCAACUUCGAUGCCGAGGUCGGGUUCUGGUGCUUCGGGGUCGUCAGCGGGUGAGGAGAUGCAUAUGCAGCGGACGAGUGGGACGCAUUUGCAUCGAGGGGGGCAACAUCAGCAACAGCAGCAGUCGUCAUCUCAAGCAUCGACACAUGACGGGAAUGCUACGUUUCUCCUUCCCCCUGAUAUGAACUGGGAUGCGCCGACGACGAUGCAUGAGGGCCUGCAAGUUUUUACGGUUGGACAUCUGCUGCCCCGGAGUAGCGCGGAGGAUCAAAAUGGGAAUUGGGUGUUCAAUGCUAAUCCUUCGGCGGGCGCUGUGGCUCCGCCUGCAGAAGGUGAAAAAGUCGUACGUCCGACGUUGUCCAAUGGACGAUCUUCGACUGCGCCUACGACUAUCCGUGUUCGACGCUCUACGUUCGUGCCAGGGUGGGCUGUUCCCCCUAGGGUGUUGCUUGUGGAUGACGAUGCGGUGAGCAGGAGAUUGAGCAGCAAGUUCUUGCAGGUGUUUGGAUGCAUGAUCGAUGUUGCUGUGGAUGGCGUUGGAGCUGUGAAUAAGAUGAACCUUGAAAAAUAUGAUUUGGUGUUAAUGGAUAUUGUGAUGCCCAAAAUGGAUGGAGUUAGCGCUACGAAUCUCAUACGCCAAUUCGACCAUAUGACGCCCAUCAUUAGUAUGACGUCUAAUUCAAAGCCGAGCGAGAUUAUGACUUAUUAUUCAUCUGGAAUGAAUGAUAUUUUGCCCAAGCCGUUCACAAAGGAGGGGCUGUUGGAUAUGUUAGAGAAACACCUUAUGCAUCUCAAAGUUAUCCAACAAAUGUCGAAAAUACCACGUUCGCUCGGCGUCCCUCCUCUCUCAGACCCAUCUUUUAGCGAAGCACUCGCAGUUGGGGCGUCGCAAUUACAACGACAUGCUUCAUCAUCCAAUCCCAGUUCAUCAUCUAAUUCAUCCUCCUCUUCCAGUGUGCACGCGAUGGGAAUGUCGGGAUACGACGAUGAUGGACGAAUCAACCCUUUAGCCGGGAUGGGUCUAUCUGACGAGCGAUACGCAGCGAUUCUCAGAGAUAUCGUCACUCAGGAGAGUUUUUCUGGCGUAGGAGUGCCCGAGGGCUUUUCGUUCGGUCUCGCAGGUGCCUUGGGUCCUGAGAUGGGAGGGGGGAAGCGGGGAUUGGAUGAUGAGAGCGAUGGGAGAGAGGGGAAAAGGGGACGGUUUGAGAUCAUCGAGUGA